AUGUCCAAGGAAAAUUUUCUCUCAGCGCCUCAUCUAUCGGCUAAAGAAAUCACGGCGGAUCAAAUGUCUCGGAUUUCUCAGAAUUUCAGAACAGCAAAACCGUUUCUUGAUCGUAAACGGCCGCGCGACGCAGUCCAUUCUUGUCAUCACUUACCUAAUAAAAGUAGGGAUGUAACUGGACUUGAAUCUCCUGGUUCUGUUACUAGCGUCAGAAGAGUUCCUCUUAUGGAGAAACCUAUGAACACACCAACUCCAUAUUCGCUCAACAGUUUGGAUUUAAACAAUGUUGCAUUUAGUGGCACUUCAAGCGUAGUAAAUGAUGCACCAAAUGCAAGGACGAGUGGUGUUGUUGCUAUUGAUUUAUCAAAUCCUUUUAUAACUCCAGUAAAAAAAUUGGAAGCUUCUAAUUCGAAUGAGUCAGUCUUGAUGACUAACGUUCUAGAUGAUGACUUUGAUGAAUCAAUUUUGCAAGAAAUUGAUGCUAUAUGUGAGCAAUCUGCAGCAAAAUUGGAUAGGAAGGGUCCAAACGGUAGCUGUGAAGUAGAAAAUCAGAAUCAUGAUAACAGUAGCAGUAAUAUUACCUUGGGUUCUGAGUCUGUCACUGCCAAUGAGAAUAUAAGAGUGGAUAGUGCACUAGACUUGGAUUCAGAGGGCAAGGACAAGUCUCAGGCUAUAGAUACUGGGAACAUGCCAGAUGAAUAUUCCAAUUACUUGCAAUCUUUAAAUGAUAGGCAACAUGAAGCAGCUUGUAGUGAUAUUUCAACCCCUUUACUGAUUGUUGCUGGUCCAGGAAGUGGAAAGACUUCCACAAUGGUUGGGCGUGUUCUAUUUCUGCUUAAUGAGGGCAUAAGUCCAUCAAACAUUCUGGCUAUGACUUUUACAACUGCAGCAGCUUCUGAGAUGAGAGAUCGCAUUGGAUCAGUGGCUGGGAAGACAAUGGCCAAAGAACUUACAAUCAGCACAUUCCAUUCAUUUUCUUUGCAACUAUGUCGUUCACAUGCGGAAAAGUUAGGACGCACAUCAGAUUUUUUAAUAUAUGGACAUGGGCAGCAGAGGAGAGCAAUUAUUGAGGCAAUAAGGUUAUUGGAAAAUGAAAAGAAUGGACAAAAUCAUGUUGUCUGCAAACCUUUUGAAGAUUCUAAUGACAUGAGGUUCCCACAACAUUUUAAGGAUAAGUCAAAGAAAUGGCAGAAGUUUGUAACUCAGGCUAAAGCUUCUGGAAAGACUUCUGCAGAAUGCCGUAAAAUGGGUGAUGAGACAGGAGCUGCAAUUGUCGAAAACUACAAUCAAAUAUUAACAUCGUGUAAUGCUUUGGACUACCACGACUUGAUCAGCUGUUCUGUGAAGCUGAUGACUGAGUUUCCUGAAGUAUUCAAAGAGUGCCAGGAUUCGUGUAAAGCUAUCAUAAUAGAUGAGUUCCAGGACACAAGUGCCAUGCAAUACAGUCUUCUGAAAAUUCUUGCAUCUCAUAAUUGCAUCACUAUUGUUGGUGAUGAUGACCAGUCCAUUUUCAGUUUCAAUGGAGCUGAUGUUUCUGGAUUUGAUUCAUUUCGCAAAGAUUUUCCAAAUCACAAAGAGAUUAGACUUACUAGAAACUAUCGUUCCACUGGCUGUAUUGUUGAGGCUGCAUCUGCACUUAUAAAACAUAAUAUGAAGCGAUGUCAGUUAAAGAAUGUUCUCACUGAAAAUUCUCAUGGGUCUAAGAUAAGUAUUAAAGAAUGUCACAAUGAGGAUGCCCAGUGUUCUUUCAUUGUCGACAAAAUCUUGGAAAGUGCUUCUAAUUGUGCAGCUGAUAAAUGCUCCUAUGGAAAUAUUGCAAUUCUCUAUCGACGGCAGGUGUCAGGGAAAGUAUUCCAAACAGCCUUCCGAGAGAGGAAAAUACCAUUUAACAUUCACGGUGUGGCCUUCUACAGAAAAAAGGUAGUAAGAGCCAUCAUCGCCAUGCUUAAAACAACAUUGCCUGGUUGUGAUGACGGUGCAUAUAGUCGAGUGUUCAAGGCUUUACUUCCUUUCGAGAAAGAGGAAAAAAUGAGGGUAAUUGAUCACAUUGACAAAAUUUCGACUAUAAGAAAAUGCAGAUUUGUAUCAGCAGCCUGUGACAUUUUUAAUGCAAAGAUUUCUGGUACCUUUAAGAGGUGUCAACUUACCCAAGGACGUAAGGUGUUGUCAACGAUAGAUAUGAUAUCAAAACUUGUUCAUAGAGAACAAUCAAUUUCAGCUGUCAUAACUUCUGUGGCUAACAUGGUGCCUCAGAAAUACCUUCUUGAGCAACGUGCAGUUGUUAAUUCUGAUGGAGGGAAAUUGCUCAAUGAAGACAAUGACCUCAGAUCUGUCCUUCAGUACCUACUCGAUGAUGUUUCUGAUUUUUUAUCUAAAGAAUUUACUGCAACAGAAGAAGAGAGAACUGUGGAUAAAGAUAAAAAUGGUUGUGGGAACAUUUUGAAAGCUUUUAUUGACUACAUUUCUGAGAGGGAGAGAGAAAACUUCCGUACCCGGAGACAUAAUAAUGAAAAUUCUGUCACCUUGACUACCAUUCAUCAGUCAAAAGGCUUAGAAUGGGACAUUGUCUUCAUAGUGAAGGCAAAUGAAAAUGAGAUUCCUUUGUUGCAUGAAUUUAAUGGUGCUGCGAAUGAAAAAGGGGGCUCACUAGAGGAGGAGCGACGUCUGUUAUAUGUAGCAAUGACUCGUGCGCGGAACAAACUUUUCAUUCUAUAUGUAAUGAUGGAUUCAAACUGGCAGUUGCUUCAACCAUCCAGAUUUCUCAAUGAAAUUCCAUGUCAUCUUCUAGAGGUUCAGGCUGAACUAGGUAUAAAAAAUCAGUUUACAAGGCCUGGAGAAAAUCCAAAAGAAACUGCUCCGUUUACUGUUGAUCUACAAAGAGAAGAGCAGCCUUCUGAAACAGAUAUGGUUUCAAAUGACUUUCUCAAUUUUCAAUUUAGUGGAGCUACAGAGUCGUUGGACGCAUUCGAGGCAUAUGAUGGAAAUAGUUUUUUAAGAAGAUUCAGUGUGGAGGAGAGAUCAAUUGUUUCCCACUUAUUCCAUAAGUGGGCCAAGAAGCAAGCAUUUCAGGACCCUAAAAGAUUAGUUAAUAAGGUUCAAUUUGUGGUUGAUGAACGCCUAAGUGUCAAGAAAAACAAACAUAAGGAUGUUCUGCGUGCUCUGAAGUUGUGUUUGAGCUGCGAAGAAGCGUUUCACUAUGCAGAAUAUGUUUUGAGAUGGGAGCAAAUUCCUUCUGAUAAACGUGCUCAUAUGAUGCGAGAGAAGCAGGAGCAUUUCCAGAAACUAAGGGUUGAGAAUUCUAUGAGUUCAUCGGUACCAACUCCGAAACAGAUGGCUUUUCUGCGAUCUUUAGGAUGCACCGAGACCCCUACAUCACGUCUCCAUGCUUCUCGUUUGAUAGAACACUACAAAUCACUGUGAUUAGAGAGGAUUAUCACCAUGUCGCC